CACAGAAAGAGGUUGGUGGGUUGGUAAGAGCGGUUGCCAUGUUGCAGAGUGGGUUGAUGUCCGCGCUGCCAUACCUGUGCAUGUGGAUCUUCGGCCUCAGCUGGGGCGUCUGCAUGGACCGCCUCGCCGCUGCCGGGGUGCUGUCCGUGACCGCCGUGAGGAAGCUGUCCACUGGCUUCGCUCACUACGUGCCGGCGGUGGCGCUCGUGGCCAUGUGCUUCGUGGACUGCAACUCCACCCUGGCGAUGGCCGUCCUGUGCUUAGCGGUGGGGGCCUGCGGCAGCGCCUACAGCGGCAACGCCCUCGCCGAGCAGGACAUCGCGCCCAACCUGACGGGGACGCUGAUGGGCAUCACCAACACCAUGGGCGCCGUCAUGGGCUUCAUCGCGCCCUCCGUCACGGGCGCCAUCACGCAGGGCAGACAAGGGUCACUGGGCGCUUGGAGAACCGUCUUCCUGGUGUCGGCAGCGAACUACGUGGUCACAGCCACAGUCUACAUGCUCACUAUGUCCGCGCAGGUCCAGCCUUGGAACCAGUCUCAGAAAUCCGAGGAUCGUCGGGAGGGUCCUGAAGGGUCCUCAGCCUUGGAAAAACUCAAUCCAUAAUGAUUUUUUUUUUUUUUUAGAAAUCUCAGACUUUACUAUUGUUCUUCGUAAAAUAGAACAUUUUGAACAUCGCUCAAUUCACAUCGGCUUUCGUGGUGUAUAUAAAGCAUGAACGUGCAAAUUUGAAAAAAAGAUGUCUUAGUAAUAACUUGACAAAGUUAUUUCACAAUGAUACAUAUCUCUAUUUAGAUAGAAUGAUAUAAAUAAAUAACAGAAUAAAUAUUGAAAAAAAUAAAGAUGCACUUGGCAAGGUAGUUAUAGCUGACGACAAACUGGUAAUUAUUGGACAGCUGACUGGUUGACGAUGAUGACUAUUAAGUUAUGACAAGCUAGUGAUUAUAGAUUAGAAGUUGACAGAUUGUUGAUGACAAUCAUGUAAUAACUCGCAGGUUGGUGGUGAUAAUUGCCUUAAACAUCUUUUUAUUCGGACAUUUUUAUCAUUUUUUCUAUUAUCGCCAACAUAUCCGGUGCUUCUUUACCUCGAUAAAACUAUAAUUUCUCUUGAAUCAAGAGGUUUAGAUUACGAAGAAAGUUUUAUCGGAUAGAAUGUAUAGUUAGAAUUACAUAUUCGGUGUGAAAUCGUGUUAAAAAAGAUAAUACUGACUAUUGCAUCAGUAGUCUAUUUACUAAUUUUAUUUAUCUAUUCUUUGCUAUUAUUGUCUACCAGUUACUAUUAUAUGUUACAACUGUUUUUAUUAAUCUAAGUCGCUGUUUUUUUUACCACCAUAAUGUUUUAUUUCAGCGUUUAUUAUUUUUUCUGAUUAUCACAUAUGAGGUGUGAUAUUGUACG